AUGAUUCAGCAGAUUACCCUUUGUCGCUCUCGCGGUUUCCGCCACUGGGGGCAGAAGCCCGUGUUCACCAGCCAAUCAGAAUGCCGAGAUUUCACAACAUCUUUUAUCGCGAGACCUGAGCUCUUCCUUUUCCCUUUUCGCUCUGAGUCCAAGAUGGGAGUCGACAUCAGGCACAACAAGGACCGUAAGGUACACAGGAAGGAGCCAAAGAGCCAGGAUAUCUAUCUGAGGCUCCUGGUUAAGUUGUACAGGUUCCUGGCCCGUCGCUCCAAUGCUUCCUUCAACAAGGUGGUCCUCAGGAGGCUCUUCAUGAGCAGGACCAACAGGCCUCCCAUCUCUAUCUCCCGCCUGAUUCGUAAGAUGAAGAUGCCUGGCCGUGAGAACAGAACUGCUGUUGUUGUUGGAACAGUCACUGAUGACGUUAGGAUUCAGGAUAUCCCCAAGCUCAAGAUCUGUGCUCUGAGGGUUACAGAUGGUGCCCGCCGCAGAAUCCUGAAGGCAGGCGGUACGGUGAUGACCUUUGACCAGCUGGCUUUGGCUUCACCCAAAGGACAGGGCACAGUGCUGCUGUCAGGACCCCGCAAAGGAAGAGAGGUGUACAGGCACUUUGGAAAAGCCCCUGGAACCCCUCACAGCCACACCAAGCCCUACAUCCGCUCCAAGGGCAGGAAGUUCGAGAGGGCUCGUGGUCGCAGAGCCAGCCGUGCUUACAAGAACUAAUGUCUUUUUAUUUUUUCAUGCAAUCUGAUAAAAUAAAAGAUUUGGCCGUACACAAUGA